CCUCCAAAAGCUCUGAGAGCUCACACCAAUUAAUCCCAAAAGAGAUAUGGAAGAUGACAACCAUGGAAAUAAUAGGCUAAAUGGUCCAAAUGGAGGAAGCCCUGAAAACCCAUGUUUAAACAACAGCACUCCUGCUAGUAGCUGCAACUCCAACAUUAAUAUUCACCACAAUCAUAAUCAAAGUAACAAUCACAAUCACCACCACCACCACAGCAGCAAUAAAGAACAAGACAGGUUUCUUCCCAUUGCGAAUGUGGGUCGCAUUAUGAAGAAAGUGAUUCCGGGCAAUGGAAAAAUCUCGAAAGACGCAAAAGAGACUGUCCAAGAAUGUGUGUCCGAGUUCAUUAGCUUUGUCACCGGUGAAGCCUCUGAUAAAUGUCAAAGGGAAAAGAGGAAGACCAUUAACGGCGAAGACAUCAUAUGGGCUAUCACAACACUAGGCUUUGAGGAUUACGUGCACCCUCUAAAAUUGUACCUCCAAAAAUAUAGAGAGCUUGAAGGGGAGAAGCUAAAUGUUCCAAAGCAACAAAGAUUGGAGCAAAGGCUGCAGCAACAGCAACAACAGCAAGUAGUACAACAAGAACAAGAGCAACAAAGUAUACCUAAUUCGUAUAGUGUAUAUUCAUCGACGAGUCUCUUGUCUCAACCGACUUCUUUCAUCACUACUCAUCAUCAUGAUCCCGCAUUUUCGUUGCCUUUCUCGCCAAGCUCAAUUCAAAAACAGCUACAGCCACAAGAUCAGAUUGAUUCAGUGGGGCAUUGGUAAAUUAAGAAGAAAAGGCUGAAGUAAACAGACGGUUUCUUUUCCUCUCUCUCUUUGUAUUCCCGACUUGUACGUAUUAUGCUAUACAUAUGUAAUUUCAUGUUAAUAUAUACAUAUAUACAUGGUUCGAUCUUUAUCUGGUUCUCUACAGGAAGUGCAUUUGGAAAGAGCUUGUAUGUGUUUCAUAUAUAUAAUCCAUGCAUGC